CUAGCGACGUCAAAAAAAUUAAGGCUUGGAGAGGAGCUAAAGUUCUCUUCGUUUUUUACUUGCAAACGAUAAGUUGAUUGUCUGGGAUAUUUGUUUUCCCCACUGGAAGAAAAGUAUAUAAUAGAGAUAAUCUCAUAUAUCGUUCAUACUGAGGAUAUUUAUUGCCCCCAUCAAUAUCUGGCAAUAGAUACAACACUCAAGGACUUGAUUUAAAAGAGUUGCAUUUGAUAGCGCAAUUGAAUUUGCCUGCGAUACGGACCAUUUGGCGAUAGUGGAAAAUGCAGCACCAUAUCGCCUAGCAAGGACUGGGGGCAAUUUAACCAAGUGUUAUAUGAUCUGGGGUGAUAAUUGAUAGACAAUUGACUGUGGACAUUAUGUAGAUGAAAAUUAACACCUCAAUAAACGGAUGUGUAUCACGGCCAUGAGGUAGAUAAGGAUUUUACUUCGAAAACAACCGUGUGUCAUACCAAAAGGAGAGACAUGGACGGCUUACACGGAAUUGAAGCCCUUUUUCGGGAACAUAAAAGACUGGCAUCGAAACUGACAAAGGAAGAAAUGCGGGCCUUGCGGAGUUACCUUGACAACCGAUUAGUGGCGGAACAUAAUGAUCUGCUAUUCAAUAUCAAAACUUUGAAGACGAACUUCGAUAUGAAAACUCUAGAAAUGGAAGACACAAUAUCAAGGCUGCAGAAGGAAGUAGAAUUGAAGAAUGAACUGAUGCAACAGUAUAAAUCCACGGAUACUAACUUAGCAACAGUCCAUAAACGCCGAGAGGAAAGACUGGAGAGAGAGCAAACCAUUCUUCAUUCCGAUAUGGAAAGACUGAAAACUGAAAUUCUUUCUCUUACCCAAGAAAUAGAAGUCAUUACCCGCGAACGUAAUUUAUUAGACCGGGAACUCAAAGACGCACGGAUUAAUAUUUCUGAAUUAGAGAGAAUCGCGGCGAAGGUGGAAGCUGCUGAGAAAUUGAUUAUUGACAAUGAAAAACUGAAACAGGAUAUAAUUCGGAGUAAAAUGAAUGUGGAUAACAGAGAUAGAGAAAUUCAAAGGCUUCACGGUGUGAAUGAAAACUUAUCAAAAGAAUUCUCUGAAAAGAGUAAGUUAUUAGCGAAACUGAAAGAAGACUUUGAAAGCUGUCGCACAGAGAUAACGCGACAGGCAAAAGAACUGGCUGUAAAAUGCGACAGUCUUGCGAUUACUAAACACAAUUUGAAUGCAGAAAAACAAAAGGUGCGUGAUCUUGAAAGAGAACUGAAAAUGCUGCAAGAGGAGAAAGAACAUAAGCCUGAAAAUGGUCGAACAGAUUCAUUGGCAUUGCGUGUUGAGCUACUGAACAUUCAUCAAAAGCACCUGGAAGGAAGGGUACGACUGCUCGAAGAAAAAGUUCAAAUGUAUCGUAACCAAGCCAGAAUUCUGGGUCGUGAUCUUGCCAAAAUUAACCAAGACAUCUCAAACUUUGCUCAGCUCAAAGACAAAGUAGUUAUUCAUGGAACGACCACUGUCGAAAAAUUACUUAUAGAGAUAGCCGAAAGCCUUCAGGACCGACAAACAAAUAUGGAGUCCCUACUCAAUGAUUUAUCAACCCAGGUACCUUCUAUUAUAUCUAAAGAUGUACUCGCUAUCAAGCAAGACGUUACGGCUGUCAAAAAGCAAGCAGAGGCGUUCAAAGCUACAGAAAUAGCAAACAAAUGUUUCCGUCUUGUUCAACGCAUUGAGGCCUGUGAGAAAACACAAAUGUUUUUCACACCACCAAAGGGACCCUUAGGCCCUUCUAUGACGAAUGGUUUAAAGGACAACAAUGACAAUAUCGUUUUGACAUCCCCUAAACCGGAAGUAGAUAACACAAGGCGACGGUCUGAGAGCAUGGUGAACGAGGUUUCCAAGUCCCAGCCUUGUUUUGUGAAAAGGAAACCCCCAACACCAGUGCAUCUACUUCGCUCCCGCAUGACUCAGCCACCAACCCCAUUCUCUGCCUGGCGCAGACGAAGCUCAGUUUCUUUUGACACUUCUCACAGUGUAACUCCAACGUUAAUUGACUUAAAUUUAACUUCACCUGGGGCCCAGAGUCCGAGGGAAAAAUCAAAAGCAUUCUUCCCUUAGUAAUCACUUGCAUAAUGAUGCAUGAUUUCUAUUUCCUUUCAUGUAAUUGCCACGUGAUAAAAAUUGUGAAUUUUAAUUAAUAAGUUAACUCUCUCUCUCUCUCUCUCUCUCUAGCUCAAACAAUAAACUUAACAGCUAAAUAAAAAGAAUUUUUCUCCUUAGUUGAUCCUUUUAGGGGACUCUUGGUAAAGACUAUUUGAAAGGUGUUCUUCUCAUUAUUCUGUUUCUAAUGUACUCUGGACUUUGGACAGUCGAAUUUAUAGAUAAAUGUAGUCUUUUAUUUAUUCAUUGGCUAUAGAUUUCUAUACUUAGUAAAUUAUAGUUAUGUUCAUGUAAUACCUUAUACCAGGAAAGGAUGCAUAAUACUUAUCUAUAAUUUAAUCAUAUUACUUCUGUGGUCAUUGCUAUCCUUUACUGGAUAUGUUCAGAUGUUCAUUGUACUUUUAAGAAAGGUUUAUUGGGUUUAGCAUUUAUAAAAAUUAGAGGAGUAGUGAAUGAUUAAGUGAGAUAUUUCUAAAUUAAUCUUUCCUAUAGGAACAAUGGAUCAUGAAUCCAUUGACGUACAUGCUGUAUGUAAAUAAAUUUAAAAAAAAGUUAAAGGGGUAUAGAAUCAGUUAAAUUGCCGUUUUGCUAACAAUUUUUAAAUUUUCUUUAUUUGAAAAAAAAACUUCAGUUUAGUGCAUUAAACUUUCAUGAAAUUUCUCUUGUAUUCAAUAACAAUGGCAUUCCUCGGUCUUAUUUUUAUAUUACAGGAUGUGUUCGAUUUUCUAACACUGCAUACAUGAUUGAACACGAACAGAAAAAAAAACAACUAGUAAUAUGUUGGAUUUUCUUUCUUACUUUUUUUUUUUAGUUUUCUUGAUUUUAAGUUUUAAUUUCUUUUAUUUAUACACCACAGAAAUGCCACUUUUCUUAAAAAAUUAAGGACAAAUUUAGGUCAUGAAAGUGCAAGGAUGUAGGACAUUCAAACACAUCGGAAUUUCGUAAGUUGAUUAUUAUCAGAAAACACGCUUUUAUAAAAUAUCGGCCUGAAAUGCACUUGCAACUUGAAGAUCAUGAAAUUCUACAGACAAUUUUGAAGGAUAUAUACUUCAGAUAUUUGUCUAUGCCUCUUUGAUAUCAAAUAUUACUCUCACUUUGUAAGUCAAAAGAUGAAAGACCUCUAUUUCUUUGUAAUAACGCCGGUCUUAGAGACGGUUAAUGUUGAUAGUUUAUCCAAAAACUUUAAAAAUGUCAAAGAAAUUUUUUUUACUUUGGCAUUAUUUCUGUUAUCUUCUAAAGGUUUUCACAAUUAUGAUAAAAUGGAGACUGUGUAUUGUUUAACGUACAUUUCUAGGAGGAUUUGUGCUAUUCAUUGUACCUAGCAAGACAUUUUUUCAAAUGGUUCAUAUGAAAUUUAGGCAUCGUUUAUUAUUUAACAAAGCAUAUUCCUUAUGUUUGCUAAAAAAACUUGUACCGACUAUUUUGUUAUUCCAGUAAUGUAAA